AUGGCUCAACUUGGAAAGUGUUGGUGUGAGGAUUUAUCACUGUUCUUUGAAAAAUCAAAGCCUAGCUUGGCCAUGAUAUCUGUUCAGAUUGGGUUUGCAGGGUUGAAUAUAUUAUCAAAAUUUGCACUGACCCAGGGAAUGUCACACUUUGUCUUGGUAUUCUACAGGCAUUUAGUUGCUACAAUAGUUACAGCUCCUCUGGCUUAUUUCUUUGAAAGGAAGACAAGGCCCAAGUUAACAUACAGGAUCUUCUGUGAAAUUUUCAUCAGUAGUUUGUUUGGGAUUACAUUGAAUCAAAACUUUUACUAUGCUGGAUUGAAGCACACAACCGCUACAUUUGCAUCUGCACUUCUCAAUCUAAUACCUAUCAUAACUUUUCUUCUGGCUGUUAUUUUCCGGAUGGAAAAAGUAGACAUUAAAAGUCGAGUUGAUCAAGCAAAGAUAGUUGGAAGCUUAAUUUGUGUGAGUGGAGCCAUGAGUAUGACAUUCUAUAAAGGAAGAAUAGUACAGUUGUGGCCAUCACCCUUCCAUUUGAGUGAACAGAAUGGACGAAAUGGUAAAGCUGAAGAAUUGACUAAAGGCUUCUUGUUGGUGCUAACCAGUUGUAUCUGCUUUUCAGCAUGGUUUAUUUUGCAGACAAGUAUUUCUAAGAAAUAUCCAGCUCAAUACUCCAGCACUACCAUAAUGUGUUUUCUAGUCACCAUACAAUCUGCAAUUGUAACACUAAUCUUUGAAGGAGUUCAUCAUGAAGUUUGGGCUUUAGAUUGGAAUGUCAAGCUUCUUACAGCAAUCUAUUCUGGAGUUGUAUCUUCAGGAAUGACCCUUUGUUUGAUGGCAUGGUGCAUAAAGAAAAGAGGACCUGUUUUUACAACUAUGUUCAACCCAUUAGCAUUAAUAAUGGUGGCCAUUGUAGGCUCUAUAUUUCUUGAUGAGAAGCUUCGUUUAGGAAGUUUCGUUGGUGGGAUUGUGAUUAUUAUAGGUUUGUAUCUUGUGCUUUGGGGAAAAGCAAAGGAAAUGAGAAAGAUUAAUAUAGACAAAAUGGCAACAGGAAAAGAUGUACGAGAUUCACAUUUGAAAAGUGAAAUGUCUAAUAACUACCAUAAGGAGGAGACAGCGAAAGAAAAUGAAGUUGCAAAUCGGUUGCUUUGGGGAUAUGAGCUAAAUGUUAUUGGAACACAGAUUUCGUGGCUGAGUUUUAGAUGCUUGGUCGUUUUCACUUCUACAAUUGUCUUCCAUUAA